UGCGGGUGCGGCGCGCUUGGCAUGGGGGGUGAUAGGGCCCGACCCAUGUGGGUGCUGUUUAUGUUGCUGCUAGCCUGCUCGGCUUAUGCAAUGUGCCCUGCUCGAUGCCGCUGCAAUGACGACCUUCUACACACAUCCUGUGUCGCCGCCAGCUUGGAAGUCGUCCCUAUUCAACUAAACCCCGAAGUGCGACAUAUAAAUCUUUCCCACAAUAAAAUAGAUAACGUUCACUUUACUUUGAGAUUCUACUAUAAUUUAAUAUCCUUAGACUUAUCGGCCAAUAAAAUACAAACACUAGGAAACUCGAACUUUGAAUUUCAACGCCAACUAAAACAUCUAAAUCUAAGUAAUAACGAGAUCGAAAGUCUUUCCAAAGAUUCCUUCAAAGGAUUACAUAACCUUACGGAACUUGAUCUUAGCUACAAUCGCUUGGAAGAGUUGCCUUCGGUGACGUUUCACGAAUUACAUUCUUUGGAGAUACUUCGGCUAAGCAACAACCAACUGGUAUACUUAGAAGAAGGUUUGCUGUCACAGACAAAGCUCCUUCGAGAGCUAAUAUUAGACGAUAAUCAAAUAUUAGAAAUGCCCGGAUCGGCUAUAGGAGACGCGAUGAAUCUUCAAGUCUUAUCUCUAUCCAGAAAUCUUUUAGUAACGAUAGAAGACGGUGAAAUGCCCACCUUACUAGAAUUGCGAGUGCUUUUACUGGACACAAACGUUAUAAAUGAAAUUCAUCCCGGUGCUUUGGCGGGCCUGGCUAGUUUGGAAGAGCUGCACCUAAACGAUAACAAUUUUACAUCGGUUCCCACGGCGUCGCUUUCCAAAUUAUCGAAUUUAACCGUAUUUCAUUUUAGUGGAAACUUUAUUCGCUCCGUUCCGCCCGUGGCAUUUCGCGGCCUUUUUCAAUUGCGUUAUUUACGUUUGAAUAGAUUGGACCUGCUCACUCGCAUAGACUCGAGGGCUUUCGUAGAUAACAUUUAUUUAGAAGAGGUGUGGCUCGACGACAAUAUAGGUCUACAUAGCCUUCCCACGAGACUAUUUUACGGAAAUCCCCGUGUAACUCACAUUUCAAUUCGAAAUAAUCAACUAGUGACCUUAGAAGUUUCAAAUUUCCCACUCGACCAGUUGAAGUCUCUGAAAUUAGGCGGAAAUCCUUUCCAGUGCAAUUGUUCACUAUUGUGGCUUUGGAGAUUACAACAAGAUCAAGUCUCUAGAAAACAGUACAGUAAUGAUACCGUAGGAAGUGAUCUAAUUAUUGAUACGGAAUAUAUUAGAUGCGCAGGGCCGGAACCCUUAGUGAACGUUUUACUUGCAGAUGCUUCAGAAUCGCAAGUAGACUGCUCGUUGGGGUGGAUUGCGGCAGUCUCGGCAGCCCUUUUUGCUUGUCUACUGUUAGCAACAGCAUCUACUUUGCUGUAUUUAGGUCCUAUGAGACGACGUUUAAACAAGCGGGAGCUGCCUCAGAGGGAGACCGCACAGUGUCCCAACGGCACUAGUCUUGCCCUCACGUACGACGAUCCCCGCGUCGAUAAGUAUAUUAUCGGCCCUCCAUUGAUUCAUGAAUACCGCACGUUACCCCCGUGGGAUUCCUUUGCCAAGAACAAUGAUAUGGAGAUUUACAGACAAUUUGAUCCGAAUGUCAAGACAAGACCUCACAUCGUAUAUGUGUAGAGCGAUAUAAAUUAGCAUAUUUCGAUGUGAGCUUGUUCAGUGUUCUUCCGAAUAACCUAAAGUGCAGUGGAUAAAAAAAUAUAAAAUAUAUUAGCCAACAAUAAUUUUGUGUAACGGAAUCACUGUAACUUAUGUACACGUGAGAAAAUUUGUCUUUUGCUUUUUUUGGAUGGUUCUACAUUAUACAUUGAUCAAGUGUUGACAGUUACUUUCCAACUAAUGGCAUAUCUCCAAUAUAGUCUAUGUUCAAUUGGACCAUAAACACUUAGGAACCACGUAGUUUUUAAAAUGUUUACUUAUAUUUUGGAUUGUAUUUUAAAAUAAAGGCAAAUCUUCUUAUAAAUUCCUUAUUACACUUCCUUGUAAUUAUAUUUUUUAAUAUAGUUGCAAAGACUGAAUAAUGACUAGUUUUCUAAACUAUUAUUUAGGGCAUAAUAUGUAUAUAAUACACCAUGGUCUAUUGUGUCAAAUACUGUAACUUAUAUUAGAUGAAUAAAAUAAAUCGCAAUAAUAUUUAAAAACAAAAAAAAACCAUUAUGCAUUUCUAUACCAUACCUUUGUCGUUCACUUUGUAUAAAUAAUUUUGGUAAGAUUAGUUAAAGUGAAACAAAACGUUUGUGCUUACCUAUACGUUAUUCUAUUAUUAAAAACUUGCAUAAUAUACAUAUAUAUUUUUUGCAACUACAAUAUUAUGUAAACAAAUCAGAGUGUAGUCAGAACUAUUUUAAAUAUGCAUCAAAAGGCAUGUCAGCAAAUAUCAUUUUGCUGUUGGUUGAUAAUAAUAUAAACAAGAAAAGAAGAUUACAUGCAUGUAUAUUACCAAUUUGUCAUCUCUGUGCUAUAAUAAACAUUGUAACAGAAUCGUAUCUUUGUUAAAGAG